CGAACCCUAGGAUAGUUUGGUUCCUUGUCAUCUGGUUUAGGCUUCAGGUCUUUCUUUUCCCUAUCUUCUUUUGAUCAGUUGCAGGUUAAUUCUCGCUGAUUUUCUUUUAGGGUUUUUAGGUAGACAAUCAGAAGCGAAGUGGUUUCAAUUUGGGGGUUUCACAUUUUGAAUAGUGAGGGAUUUCAGUAAUUGUUUUAUUGGAAUUUGGAAGUUGAUUUUCACCUAAAAGCCGUAAAGAGGAAAGAGGGAUCAAUUUGUGAGGCCAAAUAUUGGUGAUCAUGCCGGUAUCUGGAAAUGAAGAGGUUGGGGUUAAACCCAGUGUUGGGCAGUUUAGUGAAUACACUGCUGGUAUUCCUAUAAAGAAAAGAAGGUUUCCCUUUAUUUUGUCACCUUCUCAACUAGCUGAAAAUCUGCCUUUGCUCCCCACUGAAAACGAAUUGGAGCGGAAAGGAUUUUCUAGUCCACUUCGAGGUUUAACUGUUUCGACUGAUACUAUUAUUGCAGUGAGUUCAGACCCCACUGAUGUUUUAUUGAGUUCACAUACCAGUGGUGUAUUAUCCAGUUCGAAAACCAAUGUUAUUAAGGCUGAUGGUUCUACAGCAAGUCUGGAUACUGGUAGUUUUGUUGCAACUUCUAAUGCUUCUAGUGUUGCAACGAGUUCUACUAGUGUUGCCACAAGUUCUAAUGCUUCUGGCGCUGCAAUGAAUUCUACAACUAUUAGUGCUGCAGCUGGUAGUGUUGCCACAAGUUCUAGUGCUGCAAUUAGUUCUACUUCUAGUGGUGUUGCAGCUGGUUUGAAUGCUGAUGGUGUUGCAGAAUGUUUUAAUGCUUCCAGUGUUGCAAUGGGUUCUACUGCUAUUAGUGUUUCAGCUGGUUCUAUUGCUAGUGUGGCCGUGGAAAAUCCUACUGCUAGUAGUGUUGCUGGAAGUGUCUUGGCUAGUGUUUUGAGCUAUUCUGAAGCAAGUGCGAAAUCUGUACUCGAGAAAGAGAAGAGUGCUUCGGAUGAUACAAAUGGUAGCAUGGUGCAGUGUAAUACUAAUCUGCUUAGUGUAAAAGUUGAAGAACAAAGCUUUACGGUUCAACCUGGGUCUUUGGUUGAUAUCAACAGAAAAGGGAAGCUUAUGGCAACCGGAGCAUCCAAAAAUACCCCGAGGACAUCUGCAAAACCUGAAUUGGACUUGGUAGGCAAUGAUUCUCUCACCUUUAAUAUAGGGAAAGAUACUAAUAGUCAGAAAAAUGUAGAUGGGACUAUAGGUUCACAAUUACCUGAAGUUCCUGGGAACCCUGGAUUAUCUUUAGGUCUAGGGGAAUAUCUUUCUGCUACGGCUAGUGGAAAUAAUGAGCAAGGUUUUAGGAAUCAGGAAAAGGAAGAAUCUGUUUCCUUGAAUCUAUCUUUAAGCAAAGUAGACUGCAUUGCUGAACUGAGAACUACAGAAGUCCAUCCUAAUACUAAGGGUGCUAAUAUGCUUGCUAAUAGAACAAAUUGGGAUUUGAAUACGACAAUGGAUUCUUGGGAAGGACCUGGUGGUGAUAAUGGUACUAGUAAAAUGACUAAUCAUAUGGAUGAUAUGAAGCCGGUAAUUUGCUCAGCUGGGAUGGCUGCUGCAAGCAUGCCUGCACAGCAGCAAAUGCGUGAAGAAAUUGAGCGCAGAGCCAAAAUUGAAAUGUUACCGGUUCCAUCUAGCCAGCAGUAUAGAUCUGAGGAUUCACUUUGUUUGGGCCUCACUACUCCUCAUCUUCAUUUGAGGCCCGAUGAAAUACUGUCAGGUUCAUCAGCUAAAGUUGCAAAUAUCAGUUCACCUAGGAAACCAGUACCUGCUUGCAAGUCGAACAUGGUUAACUACAAGCCUGUAAAAUCAGAACCACAUGAUGAGAGCACCAGGGGUGCUUCUGCUGGAAUUUCUAAACCUACGGUCUUGUCAAAUAUCACGCAGGUGAAGUCUGAAAAAAAUGAAAAGCUGAGUUCAGAAACAUUAAAAUCUUCAACUCUUAGUACCUUAAAUUCAGUUGAUUCUGUAUCCGUAAAACCUGAACCAGUUUGUGAGAGUAACAAGAAAUCACAAGAGAUAAUGGAUGGGCAAAUGAAUCAAUCAGAUGAGCAAAUGCUAGCUAAUGAAACAGAGCCCAUUGAUGAUGGUCACGUUGCUUCUAAAAUAAUUUAUUGUAAUGGCCUUGAUGUUAAUGAAUCAAACAUUUCUGGUACACUAGAUAACUCUAUUAACCAUAGUACGAAGGUUGAAGACCCUGAUCAUUGCAGACUGAAAUCCAUGGAUGUACAACUGCCUGAUUCACGGGGAUUGGUUGAGGGUUCCGUAAGUGAGGAAAAAAUUAAUUUAUCGGGUGAUGUCUUAGAGGAAGAUUCAUAUGGUUCUGAUUACGAGUUGGAUGACGGACAAGAGUUAGCUGCUGUUGUGGGUAUAGAUCAUGACCGUAGAGAAGAUGACUUUGAAGAUGGUGAGGUCAGGGAACCUGUGGAGAACCCCGGGACAGAAGUAUGUGAGAAGAAUGAAACAGGAAAUGGAAAUAAUGGUGAUACUGCCUUUAAGGAUAUUGUAGAUCCAUCUUCAUUCUCAUUUGGAGAAAAAGAUCUAAGAGAAGACCCAGGAUUAACAGGUAAUGAUAAUACUAAUGAAUGCAUUGACACAUCUGUCUAUAAGGAUUUGACUACCGAAGCUGAUAAAAAGGUCUUUAUGCAAGAACCUUCUGCCGUUGAGAUGCCUUCUAGUCAAGUUGACAAAACGAGACCUAUUAAAGCCUUACCAAGAAAAUUGCCGGAUGUAUCUGAGAAGGAUACUGUUAAAGGGCAAGAGGGAGAACAGACAUCUAUUCAAUUCUCUGAUACAAGCCAGGGUACUUCAGUGACCAUUGCUCAAGGUGCAGAUGCUGCCAGAAGCUCAGAAGGAAAAAUCAAGUCUAUUUUACCUAAGCUAGAAGAAUUUUCAAAUGUUGAUGAUGCAGGUAAAGAUGUUGACAAUGGAGGUAGGAGUCGAAUUAUAAACUUGUCUCGAGCAUCUAAUCUGUCUUCUCCUGGUAGAACAAGAUCUAUUUCAGGCAGGGCAUUGCAGUCACAAGUAGGAAGAGAGAGGCUGCCUGAUGUUGCCCUGGAAGGAGAUAAGUUGCAUCCUCGAGGGAGAGAUGAAGCUUAUGCCGACAGUUCACAUAGAUUCCCAAGGGAGAGAUAUCAUGUUCAUCCAUCCAGAAAUAAUAGAAUGAAUUUUAUGCGUGGAAGAGAUCUAAACUUUAGUGGCUAUAAUAACAGGCAAGACGCUGCAUAUUUUGGUACAGGACGAGGUGGGAGAAAGAUCUUGAAUGAUGAUUCAUCAAUUUUCCCCCAGUUACCCCCAAGGAGGCGGUCUCCUGGUGGAAGAGAUGGACCUGAAGUACGUGGGCUUCAAAUGGUUCGCAGAAUUCAGAGAAAUCUUAGUCCAAGUCGAUGCAUUGGUGAAGAUGGAUCCGAUAUAGUUGGAUUGAGGCAUAUGAGAGGUUUUGCUGAUGAUCAUACAAACCCAAUGUUUGCACACUGCCAACCAUCAUUUGAGGGAUUAGAUGAUCCUUUUGUGAGGGGGGAUAGGGAAUUUACAUCUGUUCAGAGAAGGGAUCUUCAACAAACUUGUUCAAAGUCUCCUACCAGACCACGAACUCGUUCUCCUGGUCCAUGGUCUUCUCUUAGGAGGAGAUUACCAGAUGGAUUUGGAGGGCCUUUGGAAUUACCUCAUCAAAGAUCUUCACCAAUUUACAGGAUGGAGAGGAUAAGAUCACCCGAUCAUCCCUGUUUUAAUGGAGAUAUGGGUAUUAGAAGACAUGAAUCUCCUUCAUAUUUGUCUCGACCAUCGAAAGAUUUGAGGGACAUAGAUCCUGAUCAAGAUCAUGGUCAUCCAAGGUCUGGCAUCUCUAAUAGGAGCCCAUCUGGACGGAUUUUACUUAGAAACAGAAGGUUGGAUCUUGAUCCUCGAGAAAGGAAUGACGGUGAUGAUUACUUUGGUGGGCCUAUGCAAUCUGGCAGGUUUCAAGAGAUUGGAAAUGAUGGGAAUAGUGAAGAGAGGAGGAGGUAUGGUGAUAGGCGAGGACCUGUUCGUCCUUUUAGGCCUUCAUAUAGUGUUGCUGAUAGUGAGAAUUUUCAUCUUAAUACUGAGGGUGGGGUUAGAUCAUUUAGGUUCUGUCCAGAAGAUGAUUCAGAGUUGCAUGAAAGAGGAAAGGUGAGGGAAAGAGAAUUUGAUAGACGAAUCAAAAAGCGACCAGGGAAUGCUCCUCCUAGGAGGACACAGAACAUUGAGGAGCACGAAGGAAAUUUCAGGCAUGGUGGUCAAAUUUGGCAAGAUGAUGGAUUCGAAGAUAUGUCACAAGUGAAGCGAAAGCGAUUUUGAGUAGGUUUCUUUAUGCCAUUAGUCACUGUCAAAUGGUGUAAGUUAUUGGAGAAGCAGGGCAGAAUCUGUUAAUUCUGUUUACUACAUGUUUAGGGAUACUAUGUAUAAUGUUUACCAUUCUUCUCUGUUUUCUGCAAAUGCUAAAUUCCCUUGUUUUAAGGUGUAAAAUAAAAUUUGGAAGCAGAUAAUAGAGCGAUCACUCAGAUGGUAAUUGUUUGUGCAAUGGAAGUAUACGAACUUUGCCUGAAGAACAGAUCAAGACACUCAUCUGGCAUGUUUUGAAUGACUCCAACCUUCUCUGUUAUCCCUUUGGGCUGUGGCAGAGAAAAUGCAAGUGCUUGCGUUUUUAAGAUUGAAACGAAGUGGGGGUGUGGCUUGGUUUAUCUGUUACCACAUGAAUAAAUUCUCUUUUGUGCAUAUGCUUCCAAGUUAAUCAUCACUUCAGUUGCAAAAAAUGCCAUGGCUCAUGUGAUCUGUAACUCCGGAUCCAAUAGUAUUUGUUUAGAUGUCAUCUCUGUAUGGUAACAUAGCAGGUAAGCAACAUUUAAGGGGCAGUUGGAUAUUGCCAUGAAAUUUGAAAACAUAGUUUAAGAGAAAUGAAGAGGCAUAGCUGUAAAUGCCUGCAUUUUACUGAAAUAGCUGGCCUUAAGAGGUACUUGGAC